UUCUCGCCCAUUGUUCUCGCUUCGCUUCGAUGUAAGAUGUGACGUCAUGAUAAUUAUCAAAUAAAACAAAAACCAUACACUAGCAAACAGUUGGGAAGUCAUGAAAGCAGGUAAAUCUAGCACGCGAAUCUAAAUAUUAAACAUAUUUUGUACUCUAAUGAAAUGUUGUUACUCACAGGUUGCAAAUGAGCUAUAUCAAUGAAAUUCGCUCAAAGCGAGCUUAAAGUGCGAAAUAUUGUUAUUCACUUUUGACCAGGUAGCAAACAAUAAUGAACUGCAUUUAUUUUGUGCCUGGAAAAUGGGGAAGCUGCAUAAACUGGCAUCUAAUUAUGCAUUAUAAAGAGCCAAAACCUGGGUUUAUGCCAUAAAAGCCCAUGAAUCUGAAACACGGGAUUAGUGUGCCAAAAUAAAAACCAAAACAUCCGAGUUUUUUCCUAUAAAGCUGUUAAGCAUUUAUGGACAUACAUCCUGUCCUCUCCCACUGCGCUUUACACUUCAAAAUGAUUUAUAUACCUCUAAAACCUACUUUGAUCAGGGUAAAUUCUGCGUCAACAAUUUGGAUAAAUAAGCCAAAACUCGGAAGAAACAGCUGGAUUCAUAAAUUUUGCAUUCAUUUGUAUAAGGUAAACGUAUUGAACAACUAUAUUUCUAACAUCAAUCCACAACAGCAAAUAAGAAUUGGACUUUGAGUAUCAUCUUCUGGUACCAUUAUAUGGCAAAAAUAAACAAAGGAUAUAAAGAGACAAAAAUUUGAUAGCCCAGUUGGGUAAAUUUUCAUAUAUUCUUUAUUUCUAAAGCCACAAUGAAUCUCCAAAGCGGUAUAAAAGCCCAUGCUAACAUCCCAAGACACCAUCAUUCUCGAAAUGCGGGUAACAUCGAUAAUCUUAUCAGGAGUGCUUGUCCUGGCCGCUUGCCUCCUAAGGAACAGCGAGGCAGUAACCUGCACUGCUGACGCCACCGUCGCAGGAUGCAUCAACUGCACCACCAGUCCAACCGAUCCCGAGUGCGUGGCCGAAGCCGCUGCCAACACCACGACACCCCCAGCUGGAGCAGAUACCACGACACCCUCCGCCGGUGGAGCCACCACAGCACCAGUGGCGGAUUCCACCACGCCGAGCACGGCAGUCACUCCAUCUACCAACACGGACUCGCCCAGUGACUCCUCAUCCAAUUCGGGAAAUACCUCCAACAGCGCGGCUAAUGCGGCCAGGAGGAGGAGGAUUGCGGCCAGGAGGCGUGCUCAAAGGAGGCGCGCCCAAAGGAGGAGGGCCCAAAGGAGGAGGGCCCAACGGCGCAGGAGGCAAAACCGAUCAGGCUAAAGCCAACUUCGCUAUUGCUCACGAUAAUGACGUUUUGAUUAAUUCUCAUAAGAUUUGAAUGAUUACUAAAUAAAACAUAUA